CAAACUUCCAAACACAAACAGCAGAAACUAAAAUAUCAACCCAAGACUUAGCAGUAUCAACAACAAGUCCUGUAACCUCAGCCAGAAUGUCUUCAGCAUUAAUCACAAACACUGCUACCUUGAGCACAGAACCUGCAACGUCAAAUAUAAGCCCUUUAACAUUGACCUCUGACUCUACCACAUCACCAUCGAUUCUUGUAACCUCAACUAAGGAAACAGCAAAGGUCACUACACAACCUGAAACAACUACAAAACAUGGAACAUUGAGGACAAACCCCACAAGAACUUCUCAACCUGCAACAGAAACCACAAGCCCUUUUCCAUUGAUGACAAAGAGUACAACAUUGAUGACGGACUCUGCAUCAUCAAACACAAGACUUGGAACAUCAACCACAAUCACUGGAUUGCUCAGUAUCUACCAACCCACAUCGACCGAUAUCCCUCAGACAUCAACCACAAACCCUACAACACUGACCCUAAGCUCUACCACACUGGCAGAGAGCCCAACUGUAGCAGUCUCUGAUGCUAUGACAUCUGAAUCAAGUUCUGUAAAAUCAACUAAAACAACUGGAAUGUUCACGACAAGCUUUGCAACAGGAACUGCAAAUCCUGAAUCAUCGACCACAAACCCCAUGACCACAGUGACACUACCUAAAAUAUCAACCACAGCCUCUGUAUCAUCAAUAACAAGCCCUGUAACAUCAACGACAAAGCUUGAAACAUUGACCACAAAUUCUGCAACAUUGACUGUAAACCCUCGAACACCAACCUCUCUCCCAGACACAUCCAUAUUAAGUCCUGUAACAUCAUUUACAACGUUCAUGACAAAGUCUGCAACAUUGAGUACCAACACUGAAAUGGUGACCACAAACCGUAUGUCAACAUCUCUCAAGAACACUCCUACUUUCUCUACAAACAUUGCAACAGUGACUGAAAUCCCGACAACACAGACUAGGAACCCAGCAACACUGACCCAAAGGCCGACAACACCUACCAUAAGCCAAACUGUAUUAGUCUCUGAUGACGUGACAUCCCAAUCAAGUCUUGCAACAUCAACUAUCAAAUUUCCAUCAUCAACUACAAACUCUGAUAUAGUGACUUCAAUCCCUGAAAUAUCAACAACAAACUUCCAAACGCAAACAGCAGAAACUAAAAUAUCAACCCGAGACUUAGCAGUAUCAAUAACAAGUCCUGUAACCUCAGCCAGAAUGUCUUCAGCAUUGACUUCAAAAACUGCUACCUUGACCACAGAACCUGCAAUGUCAAAUAUAAGCCCUUUAACAUUGACCUCUGACUCUACCACAUCACCAUCGAUUCUUGUAACCUCAACUAAGGAAACAGCAAAGGUCACUACACAACCUGAAACAACUACAAAACAUGGAACAUUGAGGACAAACCCCACAAGAACUUCUCAUCCUGCAACAACACAUCCAUAUUAA